AAGAUUACACCGAUUAAAAUAUUUCACGCCAAGAGUCUCUUGUCUUGACGCGUUUCGCGUACAUCAGCGGAAUUUUCAGCAGCCAGUCGGGUCCUGAUAACAAGAUGCCAAGAACAUUGAUAAGAAGUACGCGUUGCAUGUCAGUCAGUCGAACGAGGAUCGCGCGUCGAGGAUCGUAAAGUCGUUUUGCUCUUCGUAGUGGCUCCACGUGUCGUUUCGUUCUGUCUUUCAAGUUUUCUACGAAUUUAUCGUAACUUGAAAAAUUGUGACACUUUCGAAAGAAAACUUUUAUAGAAAAUAUCACUUCAAAAAACGUGAAAUUUGGGAGAUUAAUUUACAAAAGCACUCGGUAAAGUGAAAAACUUUGCUAAUAUAACAUUUUAAUGUAUUCCUAAUACACUUUGAUCCAUGUGCGUUGCGAUGACAAUCAUCGCAAAAUAUCUUCGACGAUAUAACUAUAUCCUGAUUUUGUUUGGUCAUCAAUCACGGGCUUGUCAAAAGCGAGAGCAAUCGUUGUCUAUUUAUCACGCACGUGUGACGCAACGUAAGUUGUGAGUGAUCACUUUUUUCUCGCGAGAACAGAAAGAACAAACGUUUGUUAGCGAACCAAUAAAUGGCGCCCGACGGUCACACCGCAUGGUAUAAGACGUCGCAUAUGACCGACUGUUUGCUACAGUCUAUCUCGAUGAGAAGUAGCAGAUUCUCCACCACCAUCCUCCGCCUUCUUCGAUUACGCGACAAUCGUCAUCUGACCGAUCGGAUCAUUUAGAAAAACUUGUCAACGACUUGCCGAGUGCGUCGCAGAUUAGAGAACUGAUUAAAAGGCGUUACAACUCGUGUUAAUUUCAUUGUGCGAAAUUACGGCGAAGUGGAGAGAUCGACAGAGUGAAAAGUGAGUCCUCUGGAUAACAUCGGAUAUCCUCGUGAAAAAAAACGACCUAGAUAACAGAAGGACACAGUAAAUAAGAUCAUUAAUAGAAUCAGUAGUAAGCAUGAGACAGUUUUUGAAUUAAGAAGAUUGAUCGAGAAAGGAUCCAAGGAAAAAACCAUUUUCUUGAGUCGCAUGUUCGAUUAUCGAAAAAGAAAAUCUUCGAAGUCUUGAACGUUUAUGGAAGAAAAAGUAUUUGGAAAUCUGAAAAAUUUCAAAAAGUAAGAAGCAAGAGUCAACAUUUCAGGAAUUGAUUGAAGAUACAAAAUCAGAAUAAAAAAUAAAAUAUUGUUACAAUUUUGUACUCGGUUUAAAUUCACGUGCAUCGAAGUGUCAGUCGUUAAAAAGUUUGGUGCCAGAAUCGUGCGUUACAAUAAAACGAGAUAAACAGGAUGAACAGGAUAAAUGGCGAUGCGCUGAAAAUGGGUGACAAAUCACCGUCGCCCGAUUGCGGGGAAGAGCAGAAACUUAUUUCGCCGACUACGCCGACGACGCCGAUGAUCGUGCAAGUAACAAAGAAUCCAUACGCAUCUUUAAAGUACAGGAGCCGAUACCGGGCUGGACCGACGCGGAAGCUGCGUCGUCGCGCCGUCCUAAAGAAUGGCGACUGCAACGUGUUGCAAUCACGCAUUUCUCGGCGAUCGUUGCGUUUUCUGCAGGACCUCUUCACAACCCUGGUAGACACACAAUGGCGUUGGACACUGCUGUGUUUCAUCCUGAGCUUUCUUUUAUCCUGGCUAGGCUUCGCAGUGUUAUGGUGGCUGAUUGCCUUUACUCACGGUGACUUUGAAGAAGACCACCUGCCGCCGUUCCAGGUGGAGAACAACUGGACGCCGUGCGUCUACAACAUCUUCAGUUUCACCAGCUGCUUUCUCUUCAGUAUCGAAACUCAACACACUAUCGGAUACGGCAGUCGUUCCACUACGGAAGAAUGUCCUGAGGCCAUAUUUGUCAUGUGUAUACAGAGCAUUUCCGGUUGCAUGAUUCAAGCUUUUAUGGUGGGCAUCGUGUUUGCCAAGAUGACCAGGCCGAAGCAGCGUACACAGACUCUGUUGUUCUCACGGAACGCCGUAAUCUGCCAACGAGAUGGCGAGCUCUGUCUUAUGUUUCGCGUGGGCGACAUGAGGAAGAGCCAUAUAAUUGGGGCAAACGUUCGCGCUCAGGUAAUCCGCACCAAAACGACCAAGGAGGGCGAGAUUUUGUCCCAGCAUCAGCAAGAACUGACGGUAGGCACCGACGGCGAGAACGGCAAUUUGUUUUUCAUCUGGCCGACCACCAUUAUUCAUCGGAUCAAUGAGUCCUCGCCUUUUUACACCAUGUCCGCUGAAGACAUGUUAACCGAACGUUUCGAGGUCGUUUUGAUCCUGGAAGGUACAAUUGAAUCGACCGGACAAACCACUCAAGCCAGGUCUAGUUAUCUUCCUCAGGAGAUUCUGUGGGGUCAUCGUUUUGACCCCAUGGUGAGUUACUCGAAAGAGCGGCAAGGCUACGAGGUAGAUUAUUCGCUGUUCAAUAGCACCACCCAGGUGGACACUCCAUUGUGCUCGGGCAAAGAGCUCGCCGAGUUCUACAGGGAUGAAAUUCGUCAGGGAACCGGUGUUCUAAUCGACGAGGAUCAUUUAACCGGAAGACAGUGUUGGUGCAAUUGUCACGCGUCGAUUAAUCAGCGAUGUCUUCGGACGCCUCUCUCACCUUUGACAUGUUCGAACUGUACAUGUUCGAAUUGUACUUCGCACGAAUUCCCAAGUGAAAACAUGGAGCAGUCCAGAGUAUUCAAUUUCGAUCCUGACGCCAUUCAGGUGAUGCAAGAUACAGAAUUCGAACAACUUCCGGAAGCGGUGAACAGAGAGAUCGUUAAGAAUAGCGAGGAGAUUGUCUUCGAAGAUGAAGAGGAAAUUUCUCCGACAGAUUUUAACAGAAAUCCGAAUUACGAUGUUUUUGUAAUAAAUAACCGAAGUUUUCGAGGAUCCGGAAGAAACACAACUAAUCGAGCAAUCGCGCCGACAAGAGAACAAAAACAUUCGAUGAGAGAUUCUUUUGCAAACGAGAAGCAACAAAAGUCUUUGAAACAGUCCAGUCGAAAUAAUUCGUUCAUUAUAGAUGAUAAAAAGUCGUUUAGAGAGUCAAGAAAAAAAGCUGUUGACAACGUGAGGAACAUCAGGAUAUUGGAGAGUCAAAAGUCUUUCAGGGAAACUCGAAAAUACCUUGCAGUGCCUUUAGAUCAUGCAAACGGCAGACCGUUUUUUCAUCAGAGAUUGAAUUAUGAUCUUCUGAGGCAAGGAAAAAAUGACCAUCUAAUGCGACAGUAUGAUAACAUCAGGAUCGAAAACGAAAAGACACUAAAGAGACCUUCGUCAGAUAGUCUUGCUAAAAUAGUGGUACAACGUAAACUUUGUUCUAAUGAUUUACGUUUGCCGAUCUCUCCGGUUUCCGAUCUUUCGCCGGAAUCGGGAUUUUGCGACGGAAGUCCCCAGAGCAAUCAUACGGAACCUCGUCUGUUUACGAGGAGGAUGAAGUACAUUGAUGAAGUUCUGGACAGAGAAAAGAGUAGUUCUUCAGAGAGUAACUUAUCACAAAAAAAUGUUGCUAGUGAUGUUGACAAUCUAAAAGAAUGUGCUAAAGAUUAUACUUUUGAAAUAUCUAACUGUAAAAGAAACGACGUCAAAGAUGAUGAGAACACAAUUGUUUUACACAGUAGUCCGUCUUGUAAAAAUAUUAGUGAUGACAAUGACAUUCCAAUAAAAAAAGAAGAAAAUAUUGACGACUCGAAACUGUCAAUUAUUGAAGAACAAUCCACACGUGGAAAAGACAAUAUUCAAAAUGUUGACGAAACGAGAAAAGCAGAUAGUUCCUUAAAUAUCGAUACAUCUUACAAGUGUGUUAUCGAAAAUGAUGAUUUAGAAGAAUUCGAUAAUACUAUUGAUAUUGAAGAACCACUUAUCAACAAUAAUAGAAUAAUAAUAACAAAGAUGCAAAAUAGUGAAUUUUCAGAGCACGAUAUAUCGAGUGAAAAUUUAGUAACAAAAUUAAUUUAGCUAACUAAUUUUGUAUAGCAAAUUGCGAUAAAAUAAUAGCGACAAAACAAAGAUUUAGAUUACAGGCUCUGAUAGUAAAAUUGAAAUUGUGUCAAAGAUAAAAGACAGUGAUAAUGAAUGAUGUAGAAAAAAAGUUGUUGGACAAUAUCAAAAUUGAAAAAUAAUUAUAAUAAUAUAGGUAGAAAACAAUGUGUUAUAGUAAUAAUUGAGAAUCAGAUUAAACUUCAUAAUAAUAUAUCGAAUAAAUUCAAUAUACAUAAAUAAAAACUCUUUUAAAACAAGUGAUAGAUUAAAUCGCUGGUCGAUUGGUUGUAAUAUUGUACAGUUCAAAUUUUUAUAUAUUGUAUAGAAGAUAAAAAAUGUUGAAAAGAGAAAUUAAUUCGAACAAUUUAAACAUUGUUGUGUGAUCGAUAUUGUUAUUUAGUGUUGAUAUAAUUCCAAUUCUCUAGGUUUACAAAAAUUUAUUUAUUAUUUAAAAAAAUCAAGAAUGUUAUAUAGAACAAUUCCAAGUAGAAUAAUCUGUGUAUAUAAUAAUUACGUCUUGUAAUUUUUUAGCUAAGCCAAUAUAUCGAAUGUUCCACAAAAACAAUAAUAUAAAAUUUAUUAUAAAAAGUCAAAUUUAGUAAAAAAAAAUAUAUCAAAAAUAAUAUUGAAUCUCUAAUUCGGACGGCUGUUUGAGAAUUUUGAUGCAUUUGGUAUUGUCAUUAU